UAUUUCUGACAUUAGAAAUCCUAGGUUAGAAUCAUUGUUGUUUCUUACAAAUUCAAAUGGACUCAAUAAAAUAAUUGCAAUUGUACGUUGAAUAAUUACAUUGUCAACAACGUUUGAUGUCUACGUUAAUAUGCGUAUUAAAAUGAAAAUGAUAUAGGUAACGAACCAGGAAAAUCUCAAGAAACAUUUAUACGUAUUUGGUAGACGUAAGUGGAAACUAAAGAAGUAAUGCAUAAAAUAGAUAUAGAUGAAUUCAGUGAUACUGAAAUCGGUGAAGUCGAAAUUACAAAAAAAUUAUUGACCAAAAAACCGACUAAUAUAUGCUACACUUCGCUAAGGAGAAUCAUUGCUGUAAUAACAACAGUGAUUGUUCUGUUGUCAGUGGUAUUUUUACUGAGAUAUUAUAUGAGAUUUCUCUUAUUAUGGCUAGAACAUCAAGAUGGAACAGUCAAAAUGGUAGCAAUAGUGAUUUUAUUUUGUAUGGUUGCCUUGCCAAUAUCGAUUGGUUAUCUUGUUUUGGUUUGUACUUCAGGAUACCUCUAUGGUUUUUGUUUUGGACUUCCACUAGUAGUUUUUGGAGCCAACUUCGGAUUACUAGUUGCUAACAUUAUUCUUAGAAAUAUAGGACAUCAUCCAGUUGUUUUAAGAAUGACAGAAAAUCCAACAGCUCAAGCUAUUAAAAGACUUAUAUCAGGACCUUCCAGUUUCAAGAUUGUUUUAUGCGCUAGAGUGACCCCAAUUCCAUUUGGUUUACAGAACACCAUAUUUGCUCUGAGUAAUGUCAAUCCAAGAAUAUAUCACCUGGCUUCCUUAGUUGGACUAUUCCCAACCCAAAUUUUAGGAGUUUAUUUGGGCAGUACUCUGAGAGCAAUGCAAGAUGCUUGGGAACACAAAAAUUUCUCAACUUCUGCAUAUGUUGUGAUCACCAUUCAGCUCGUUAUGGAUAGUUUGAUGAUGAUGUGGGUUGGAUACAAAGCAAGAAAGGAAUUGGCAAAAGUUUUAUCAGAUGCAGAUAAUGUUGGACCAAUUUUGAUGUGAGAAGUAACCAAGUAACCAUUAUAUCUAAGGAUAUUAUCGAAUUUAAAGCUAGAAGCCAAAUAUUUGAUAUUAAGAUCGAAUGAUAUUUUUGUAAUUUAUUGUAUGAGUAAAGUAUAUUAUUUUUAUUUAUUGACAAAUUAUAACAUGUAAGUAAUUA